AUGUAUGGGAAGACGAUUAUUUCCACACUGAUUGUUUCAAUCAUUUCGUAUCAGGUCUACACACAUCUGAUCUAUCCAUUUGUUUUUGAAUUUUUCAGUAAGUUGUUUUGGUUUGUUUUUGUUGGUUUAGGUAUGAAAAGAAGUUGAAAUGUCUUCCAAAACUUUUGAGACAUAAACGGGAUCAUAAUAUAUAGAAUUACCAAAGUUAUAACCAGUUUUCUGCGUAACAUCAGCGUAUUUUUGGCCAAAAACAAAGGUUUUUUACAAGUUUAGGUUAUAUCUGACGGUUUGGCUUGCUUCCUGUUGCUGAACCUUUUGUCAAAAGUUAAGGAAAACUUUAUUACAACGUUUAAAACAAUUUUUAUAUUGUUAUUGUUUCAGAAAUUGGGUAUCAUUCAACAUUAAAGGCACUGAAGGACGAGCUAGAACAAGGUGUGCCAGUUGAGCUUCAAACUAAUCCAAGAGUUAUAAAACACUUUUUCAAAGUAAGUCAAUAUUUUUUCUAUCAUUAUAAAUAUAAUUACGUUUGUAUGGUUUUUUUUCACAAUAUUAUUUAUGGUCAUGACCUUAUUUUAGGUAUACCAUGAGUUUUGUAUGCUUCGUAUCAUUGCUAAACGCGAUUACCGUGGUAUGGCCGACCCAAGGGACAAGCGAUGGGUUGAAUAUGAUCAGUUGAACUUUAAAAAAGGUAAGGUUUUAGAUUUUUUGUUGAAUUUUAGGUAGAAGCAUGAUAACCAUAAGCUGAUGAUGGAUAACAUGACAUACCGUUGUUAUUUUCAGGUUAUCUGCAUAAACUGCGAUCUUAUCAAGUGUAG